GUACGUUACAUGAAAAUUUCGUGGCUGAAGACGUCAAUGGCUCGCGGUUGUUGUUCAUAUUAUUUGUAAUAGCUUUAAGAUAAUAGAACGCGAGAGAGUAUCGCGAAGCUCGGACGAAGAGACCGUUUUGCAAUCCUCGUGUCGGAAUAUCACUGCAAUGGCUGAAAAUCGGGACGCGAUACUGGCUGACUUUCAGGCGUGCACCGGAAUCGACGAUUUCGGGGAAGCUAUUUUAUAUUUGGAGGCAACGAAUUGGGACUUGCUGGCGGCGAUAAACAAGGCCAUGCCCCAGACUACGCAGCAGCUGCCGUCUGAAAUGACUCCGGACAUAGAAAUGGUGGAGGAGAUCAAAGUGACGCCGCGCUCGUCCACGUCGAAGCCGCAGACGGUGCAGAACUCGAAAAAGGUCGCGGCAGCCGCGAAAGCAGACGUGGUAGAGAAUGCAAAACCUGGGACGAGUAGACCUAAAAGUUGCAUGAAAAAUAGAACGCUCACAUUCCACAUUACCUAUCUCGAAAACGUUCAUAAAAUCAAUUUGUCCGAGUUGUCCACUUUGAGGGAGCUCAAGGAAGCCGUAUGGUGUAAAACGAGCGUAGCGCCCUGCCAACAGAAUCUUCACGGGUGGAAGAAGGAGCCCGGGACACCGAACACGGUGCUACAAACGUUAGAUCUGCCUAGAGAAAAUACACUGUACCUAUCGCUAUUGUCGCAGGAUGGCGACGUGGCUAAUGAGACCGUAAGUCUGUCGGAUCGUAUGAGCCAGACCUACACGUUGAACGUGAAGGACGAGGUGCAUAAUAAAACGUACAAGCUGAAGUUCCCUGGCACGCGUACCGUGUUGGAAGUAAAAACGGACAUCUACUCGUUAAUAGAUGUGCCCGUGCGAAAUCAGCAGUGGAAGGGUUGGCCUAGCUCACUGAAGGACGAUAAUGUAAUAUUGGCACAAAGCGGCAUAUGCUAUCCGGAGCACGAUUUGUCUGUCGGAAAGCUUCCCGCGAAGGAAGAAAAGAAGAAGGUCGUAGAUUUAAUUGACAGCGACAGUUCCAUAGACGAACCGGAGGAUGUGGAAGAGUUCGACGUUCCGGAAGAGUUCACUGGCGACGAUGAUAUUUUCAUAGACGAUGUUAAACCCACUAAAAUUGAGCGUCUCAUGCCAGAAAAUGUAGUGGACGAGGUGAUGGGUACGUUACAUUUCGCGGAGCAAUUCGAGAAGCGAUACGGACCGGCGCACCCGGAGUUCUUCACUGGUACAUUCGAGGACGCCCUGAAGGAAUCGUGUCUGAAGCCAGCGAAAGAGAGAAAAUUAUUGGCUAUAUAUUUGCACCACGAUAACAGUGUGUUAGCAAACGUCUUUUGUACUCAACUGUUAGGUUUCGAAACGGUGCUUCAACUUCUUUCGGCAAAUUUUAUAGUAUGGGGUUGGGACUUCACGCACGAAUCUAACAAACAAAGAUUUUUGUAUUCGAUCACUCAAACCCUUGGUACUGUCGGUUCGUUGGCUGUAUCGAGCAUAGAUGUUGACACCUUGCCAAUUCUCAUGAUUAUUAUGAGAUCUAGAUCCAACACGGAGAUAUUUACUAUCGUGCACGGCAAUGUAGGUGUUAACGAGUUGCUAACGAAUUUGGUACAAGCCGUCGAUGUGUUCCAAGAGCAAAGACGAGCCGAUAUUGGUGUUGAAGAAGAGCGACAGGCUAGAGAAAGAGUCAAGCAAGAGCAAGACAAAGCGUAUCAAGAAAGUUUGGCAGCCGAUAGAGCAAAGGACGAAGCGAAACAGAUGCAGGAAGAGCUUGAGAAGAAACAGAAAGAACAGGCUGAAAACGAAAGAUUAGCUGAAUGGGCAAAGAAAGAGGCUCAUAGGCAAGCUGUUGAAUCUAGUUUACCACCCGAACCGCAACAAGGAGCGGGCGACGGCGUAAUGAAAGUAAGAGUACGGCUUCCGGCAGGAAAAUUCCUGGAACGUAAAUUUCAAUCGGAUACACCGUUACAAACGCUCUUUAAUUUCCUUAUCGUGAAAGGUUAUCCUACGGAGGAAUAUAAACUCCUAUCUAGUUGGCCUCGAAGGGAUUUAACAUCUAUGGAUUCAAAGCUCACUUUGAUGGAACUGAAAUUCUGUCCCCAGGAAACAGUAAUUUUAGAGGAACGAUAAAUAAUAAUACGUUGUAAUUAAAUUCAAAUGUAGAAAUUAAGUGUCGCGAAUAUUCUUCAAGAAUGUAUUUAUUUAACAACUUCGAGAUAGCGAUUACCGAGUCCUGUUUAUCUUGCGACUAUACAUUUUUACGCUGAAUUCUUGUACGAUAAAGUCGUAUAUCAUGCACUCCGCGCGAAUAUAUAAUUUUUAUUUUAUAAAAAAAAAGAAAAAGUUCUUUCCAUGCAUACGUAUGUUAUAUAUUUUAAAUUUUCAGGAAUAAACUGUAUUUCGAACGAAUUGUAUUUCGAAUCGAUUUCAAACAAAA